AUGGACGCGAACAACGGGCACCCCACCUCAGCGAGGGCUGCCGUGUCGGGUUCGCUGACCAAGCCACACGAUGCACACGUGAAUGGCCUCACAAGCAGCGAAUUCGAGAGGCAGAGCAGCUCAUCAGCAGGCACCGUCGCGGACAUCGCCGGCUUCGUUUCGGCCACCUUGCGCGACCUCUACGCGCACGCUGUCGCCAUCACUCAGCCAUGUGCGGCGGAACACGCACGGUUUGUUGAGUACCAGCGCACCCUGCCUGUGCGCACCGUCGUGCCGGAGCCGCCGAACACGCUGCGCGACUACACUCGGCAUCAGGUGUGGCGCAUCGGCCGCAGUUGCUUCCUCUUUUUCUUCUUCCUGUUCACGUGGCCGGUCUGGCUCACGCUGCACCUACUCCUGAAGCUGCUCGAUGUCCAUCAGCGGCGGGUGCGGCUGCGGUACCACCGCAGUUGGGCGCACGCGAGCGUGCCGCACAUCCGCCCUAACGUGCACAAGCCGUCGAGUGAGUUCCCUCUGAGCGCGUGGCACCUACGCUGCGAAGACGGGCGCCAGCGGUGGUACUUUGGUGAGCCACUGCGCGAAGGGGAGGCAUGCAAUGAGCUCGCCUUGGCGCAGCUAAGUGGCCUGCACACCGUCAACGACUAUCAUGAGCUGCUCCGCCAGCGCGCUAAAUCGGACUUGGGUGACGACGACCAAGGGGUGCGCAGUAGGAGCAGCAGCAGUUGCGGUACAGGCGUCGUCAACAACCGUGUGCCCCGGCUGCUCGAUGUUCUCGCGGAGAAAUGCGCGCGGCGCGACUUUUUGGAGAAAUACCAGCUUGGCCUCCUCCCCGCCUCCCCCCCGAAGCUGCGCACGACGUCGGAGGCGGCCAUGGACGACGGGAUCCGCUUCCUCCUCAAGCUGCAGGACCCCUUCUCGGGCCACUGGCCAAACGGCUACAGCGGCUGCCUGUUCCUCUGCGCUGGCUUUGUCAUCACCAAGUACAUCGUGGCAGGAGGGGAGACACGCCGCAUGUUCCCACCCUUCUCCGACCAUCACCACGUCAAGCUGGCUUCUAGCAGCAGCGACACUAAGCAGCGCAGCAGCUGUGGCGACUACCCGGAGCGCGUCUUGGGUGUCCCAGCAGCCGAAAACGCCGGCGAGGAGAGGUGCCAGUGCGGCGAGGCCAUGCGCCAGGAGCUGAUCCGGUACAUCCGCAAUCACCAGAACCUUGAUGGCGGGUGGGGGCAGCACACUGAGGGCCACAGCACGAUGAUGGGAACGGUGCUGAACUACGUCAGUUUACGCUUGCUGGGGGUACCAGCGAGCGACCCGCAGGCGACGUGCGGCCGCAGCUGGAUCCUGGCCCACGGCGGCGCCACCACAACUCCGAUGUGGGGCCGCGUAUGGCUGAGCAUCCUCGGCGUGUACAGUUGGGACGGCGUGAACCCCAUUUCGCCGGAGAUGCUUUUAAUGCCCGACUGGGUUCCCUUCUCGCUGGGCAAGAUGUGGUGCCACAGCCGCGUGAUCGCCAUUCCCUUUUCAUACUUCUACGGCCUGCGCUGGUCGGCGCCGGCGUUCCCGACAACGCUGGCACUGCGCAAGGAGCUUUACACAGAGCCGUACGCUACCAUCCCUUGGCGUAGCUUCCGCGGUGUGGUGUGCGAGCUGGACGUGUACUCGCCGACCUCACCGCUAUUCCGCGUCGCCAUGGGCUUGCUCGAUCUCUACGAGCGGCACCCCAUUCCGUUCCUGCGGCGGUACGCGUUGGAAGUGAGUUGGCGCCACAUGGCCUAUGAUGACGAGAACACGCACUUUAUCUGUCUUGGCCCUGUCAAUAAGUGGCUCAACAUGCUUGCCACGUGGCUGCGCGAGGGCGAGCACAGCGCCCGCUUCCAGGAGCACUGCGAUCGCGUGUCGGACUACUUUUACAUGGGCGAAACAGGCUUAUCCAUGAGCGGGUACAACGGCUCACAGCUCUGGGAUACGUCCUUUGCUGUGCAGGCGAUCUGUGCGUGCCGCCGCGAGAUGAUGUUCCCGGCGGAGGUGGAGCUGGCGCAUCACUACAUCGAUGUUGCUCAAGUGCAGGAGGACCCAAUGGCGGCCCCUUAUUUCUACCGCCAUCGCACGAAGGGCGCGUGGAACUUUUCUACGAGGUCGCAGGGGUGGCAGGUGUCGGACUGUACGGCGGAGGGGCUGCGGGCGCUGCUGCUUCUGCCGCAGUAUGCGUUCCCAAUGCGGCGCAUCUUUGAUGGCGUGGACGAGGUGCUGUCGCUGCGUAACAGCGGUCUCGGUGGCGAUGGCGGAUGGGCGUCCUAUGAGCCGUCACGCGCUCCGGCGUACUGCGAGCUGCUCGACUGCUCUGAGCUCUUCAAGGACGUCAUGAUUGACUACAGCUACGUCGAGUGCAGCAGCAGCUGCAUCCACACACUGUCGCUUUUCCGUGAGCGCUACCCGCACUACCGCCGCCGUGACGUGGACCGCGCCAUCAGCGAGGGUAUCGCGUACGUACUUGGACAGCAGCAGCCGGACGGUGGCUUCUACGGCAGCUGGGCUGUGUGCUACACGUACGCAGCGUGGCUCGUCGCCGAUGCCCUGCAGGCGUCGAAGGAGCUGCCGGAGAUGGCCUCACACCCGCACUGCAUGAGGCUCAUAGAUUUUCUUCUCUCUCACCAAGCCGCCGACGGUGGCUGGAGCGAGGACAUCAGCGCAUCCGCUCGGCAGACGUGGGUGGACAGCCCAGACGGAAGUCAAGUGGUUAACACCGCUUGGGCAGUCAUGGCCAUUAUCAGCGCCGCGGGCAAGGCCGCGAGCACGGAGCCGACGCGCCAGCGCUGUAUCCGCAGAGCUGUGGACCGUGGUGUGCAGCUCAUCAUGUCCCGUCAGCUUGCCAGCGGUGAUUGGCGGCAGGAGCGCAUUAGUGGCGUCUUCAACGGCAACAACCCAAUCCACUACCCCGGCUACAAAAAUUCGAUGCCAGUGUGGGCUCUCGGCAAGUACAACAUGUGGAAGCGUGAAUAUGCGGCUAUCGCGUAG